GGAACAAAGUUGGUUACAUAUUACACUGGCUUUACCCGAAGUUUUCCUCCCACUCUUCUUUAGUAUGCGACCAUGGGGAAAGUGACCACUCCUGUCAGCGGGAGAGGUCGGGGUGCUUUGGUGGCGAGGGAGAGGCUGUAACUUCUACGUGACCAUGGUACCUGUUGAAAACACAGAGGGCCCCAGUCUGCUGAACCAGAAGCGGGGAGCGGCGGAGCCUGAUGGCAGCUACAGAACCGGCGGCGGCCGGGAUCCUCCCUGGGCGAGAGGUUGCAGCAUGUUCACCUUCCUGUCCUCUGUCACUGCAGCUGUCAGUGGCCUCCUGGUGGGUUAUGAACUUGGGCUUAUCUCUGGGGCACUUCUUCAGAUCAGAACUGAAUUAGGCCUGACCUGCCAUGAGCAGGAAAUGGUUGUGAGCGCCCUGCUCAUUGGGGCCUUCCUCGCCUCUCUCAUCGGAGGGGUCCUGAUAGACAGGUAUGGAAGGAGGACAGCGAUCAUCUUGUCAUCCUGCCUGCUGGGACUCGGAAGCUUAGUCUUGAUACUCAGUGUGUCCUACACGGUUCUUAUCAUGGGACGCAUCGCUAUAGGGGUUUCCAUCUCACUCUCUUCCAUUGCCACGUGUGUUUACAUCGCGGAGAUUGCUCCCCAGCACAGAAGAGGCCUUCUCGUGUCACUAAACGAGCUGAUGAUUGUCAUUGGCAUUCUUUUCGCCUAUAUUUCAAAUUACGCGUUUGCCAAUGUUUCCCGUGGCUGGAAGUAUAUGUUUGGUCUUGUUAUUCCCUUGGGAGUUUUGCAAGCGAUUGCAAUGUACUUUCUUCCUCCGAGCCCACGGUUUCUGGUGAUGAAAGGACAAGAGGAAGCUGCUAGCAAGGUUCUCGGAAGGUUAAGAGCAGUCUCAGAUACAACAGAGGAACUCACAGUGAUAAAAUCUUCCCUGAAAGAUGAAUAUCAGUACAGUUUUUGGGAUCUGUUUAGCUCAAAGGACAACAUGAGGACCCGAAUGAUGAUAGGCCUGACAUUGGUAUUUUUUGUGCAAGUCACUGGCCAGCCAAACAUAUUAUUCUAUGCAUCGACUGUUUUGAAGUCCGUUGGCUUUCAAAGCAACGAGGCGGCUAGCCUCGCCUCCACUGGGGUUGGGGUGGUCAAGGUCGUCAGCACCAUCCCCGCCACUCUGCUUGUAGACCACGUGGGCAGCAAAACCUUCCUCUGCAUUGGCUCCUCCGUGAUGGCAGCUUCACUGAUGACCAUGGGCAUCGUGAAUCUCAACAUCCACAUGAACUUCACCAAUAUCUGCAGAAGCCACACUCCUCUCAACCAAUCCUUGGAUGAGUCUGCGUUUUAUGGACCAAGAAACCUGUCAGCCAGCAAUGACACUCUCAGAGAGCACUUUCAAGGGAUCACUUCCCACAGCAGCAGCUCACACAUGCCCAUGAGAAAUCACAUGGAUAAGAGGGGAGGGACAACCUCUGCAUCCUUACCAAAUGCUGGACCGAGCCAAACUGAAAACCAGGUAGUCACAGACCCUGCGGAUGUCCCAUCUUUUUUGAAAUGGCUGUCCUUAGCCAGUCUGCUUGUUUAUGUUGCUGCUUUUUCAAUUGGUCUAGGACCAAUGCCCUGGCUGGUGCUCAGUGAGAUCUUUCCCGGUGGGAUUAGAGGACGAGCCAUGGCCGUCACUUCCAGCAUGAACUGGGGCAUCAAUCUCCUCAUCUCUCUGACAUUUUUGACUGUAACUGAUCUUAUUGGCCUGCCAUGGGUGUGCUUUAUAUAUACAAUCAUGAGUCUGGCAUCCCUGUUUUUUGUUGUUGUGUUUAUACCUGAGACAAAAGGAUGUUCUUUGGAACAGAUAUCAAUGGAGCUAGCAAAAGCUAACUAUGUGAAAAACAACAUUUGUUUUAUGAGUCAUCACCAAGAAGAAUUAAUGGCAACAAAGCUUCAAAAGAGGAAAACCCAAGAGCAGCUCUCGGAGUGUAAAAGUUUCCGUAGUAGGGAACAACCAAGGCAGCUUUCUCAAGAGACCUAAUGGCCUUGAAACCUUACCAACAUUGAUACAGUAUAAGAACACUAGUAGGGUGUCUUCUUACCAGUGCAUAUUUGCCAUUCCCAAGUUUCCUACUCAGUGUCAUAGAGCUAGUUUUAAAGGACACCCUGAAAUUAUAAAGACCACCUUUAAUCUCCUCUUUCCCAAAAGGAACUUUAAAAGGUAGAGGAGAUACAAGAUCCCAAGCAAUCUCUUUUUAUUCUGAGCAGCAUAUCAGGUUAAGUAAGACUGGUUACUUAAGGCUGGUUCAGUACUUUCCACCUUUUUCAGAGCAGCCUUUGAAAAACUAAAUCCUAGUGAUGAGAUCAACCUUUGCCUUAAGCUAUGUACAUAUAAAGGCCAGUAGCAGCUUUAUUAUGCAGACAAACAAGUGGUCUGGACAAGACCUUACAGUUUUUGCCUACUAAGACACUACUUGCACUGGGUCUUAUAUAAAAAAGAACCAGGACACAAAAUGUGGACAAUUUAAUUGCACAUAUGUUCUAGCUUAGGAUAGGGUCCUGGCUUAGAAUUUUUUUUUUUUUUUUGGUGGCUGGCAGGUGGUGAACCCUUGUCCUUGGUGUUACAGGACCAUGCUCUAACUAAGUGAGCUAACCGGCCGGCCCCUGGCUAGAAUUCUAGUGAUAAUUCCUAGUUACGGUUCAACAAGUACAAAGAU